AUGAAAUUAGGCCAUCCAAAGCAAGGCCCUCUGUUAUCAGUUGCACUAAAUUGUCCUGAUGAAAACUGGUUGGAGAACAAUGGGAAUUGCUACAUGUUCUCUGUAUUCCCUCCGAUAAGCUGGCAACGCGCAGAGAAAGCCUGCAAAAAUUAUGGAGCGAAUUUGGUCUGCAUAGGGGAUAUUGACGAAAGGAACUUCAUAAAAAGGAUAGUUAAAGAUAAUGGUUCUGGAAAAUCUUGGAUCGGGGCGGUGGAUACUGGUGGUGAAAAAAAGUUCACCUGGGUUGACGGAACGCCAUGGGAUAAUGCCAUAGCGGACUGGGCUAUUGCCCAACCUGGAAGUCCAGGGGACGACCAGAACUGUGUAUCUAUUGGUGGAUUUUUCAUAGGCUGGUACGAUGAACCAUGUGAAACGAAAUAUAACUACAUUUGUGAAAAAGAUAUCAACAAACCAACAACACCAACCCCACCCAAUCAGUCAACUACACGAUUCAUUCCGCCUUUCACCUUACCAAAUUCACGCCGGACUACCCAAUAUCUUCCCCCAUUUACGCUACCAAACACAAGGAGACAGACGACAAGAUUUGUUCCUCCCUUCACACUGCCAAACACAGGGCGACAGACUACAAGGUUUGUUCCCGCGUUUACGUUAUUCACAGACGUACCCUCAACUCAGGGCUCAACAGGAAAGACUGGUGCAAAAGGCAACAGUACAGGCGUUAUUGUUGGAGUGGUUGUUGGACUUAUUGUUGUCAUCGUAGUCGCCCUCGUUAUUGGCUUCAUCCUUUGGAGACGUCGGAGAUAUAUGCAGACAACAGGAACGUCAACCAUUAUACAAAAUCCUAAUUAUGAAUAA